AUGAACCUCCUUGAGGGCUACACUCCAGGUACGGUUGCUCGCCCUGAUGCGACACGCGAGCCUCUGGCCGCCAGGAACUGGGACUUGAACAACGCAGGCAUAGUUCCAGCGCUGCGCAACCGCGUCUCCCUAGACGACAAGCGUGUCCUCGAUGUCAUUACCGAAGCUCGGGCCCAUAGCACAGAUUCUGAAGAUCCAAUAGCUACUUAA